AUAUGAUCUUCGUUGGGCAGUGCUCGAGACAGUCGUGUUUUAUAGGCGUUGACUUCGUCCUUCAUUUCUAUCAGUUCUUUUUCCAAUUAAAACAUUUUAAAGGGACUUUUAGUCAGUAGUUUUGAGUUUAAUCGGCAUUUAAAUAACUAAAUUAAUCAUGGCUCUUAGCGACGCUGAUGUACAGAAACAGAUCAAGCAUAUGAUGGCUUUCAUCGAACAGGAAGCCAAUGAAAAAGCCGAAGAAAUUGAUGCCAAAGCAGAGGAAGAAUUUAAUAUUGAAAAAGGUCGCCUUGUUCAGCAACAACGACUCAAAAUUAUGGAGUAUUAUGAAAAGAAAGAAAAACAAGUUGAGCUGCAAAAGAAAAUUCAAUCGUCUAACAUGCUCAAUCAAGCAAGACUCAAAGCUUUGAAAGUUCGUGAAGAUCACGUAAAAACCUGCCUUGAUGAAGCCAGAAAAAGAUUAAGCCAAGUAGCUCAUGAUCGUGCAAAGUAUAGUGAAAUAUUAAAAUUAUUAAUUGUUCAGGGAUUAUAUCAGUUGAUGGAGCACAAUGUUGUGCUACGCGUUCGUCAAGUUGAUCUGCCUCUUGUAGAAUCAUUUCUAGAUGAAAUCUCUGCGAUAUACAAAGAUAUUUCGAAAAAAGAAGUAGUUAUAAAAGUUGAUCAAGAUAACUUCUUACCAGCUGAAAGUUGUGGAGGUGUUGAGUUGUUUGCAUUGAAAGGUCGUAUAAAAAUUAACAAUACCUUAGAAUCUAGAUUAGAGUUAAUUGCUCAGCAGUUAAUUCCUGAAAUCCGAUCAGCAUUGUUCGGUCGUAAUCCAAACCGCAGAUUCACAGAUUAAGAAAUAAUAAACAUCAUAACUAAAAAACAUUCCCUAUUCGCAAAUGUUAAAUCUUAAAAAGCACACUUUCAACAGGAUUGAAAAUUAUAUGCCGAACUAACAACUUCAAUAUUUGUUAGAAAGAUUAAAAAAAAAACAAUGGCGAAAAAUAAAAAAAAUGUGCGUUCGGAAUUAUGGCCUACUUAGAGUGUGGGUAACUAUUGUUGUUAAUAUAUUAUUAAUACAUUGUAUUUCAUAGAUAUAUCUUGGCAAAGUGCCGCUAUGAAUUUCUGUUUCAUAUAAAUAUAUAUUAAAAAAAUAUUUAUCAUUAUAAACAAACUUACUCAAAUUUUUAUUUGAAUAUAAAAAUUUUUUUAGAUUUAUUUUUAGGUGAACGCACAUUAGUCGCAAUUUAAUUAUUUAAAGCGCAAUAAAUGUAUUUGGAUUGUUAAAUAUUGUAAUCAUGAACAUAAAUCAUCUUUUAUCCCUUUGAUUGAAUAUUUUCCUUAUAAAUAAUUUGAACGAUAUGAAUUUAUAAUUAAAUUAUACGAAAAAUAUAAUUAUUGAUCAAUAACAAUAUUCGUGAGAGUAUUAUAAAUAUAUAUAAAUGUAAUUCACUUGUAGUUAAAAUGACCUAAAUCUAUAUUGUGCAUGUUAAAAUUAAAUAAGCGAAUAUAUUUCUGUAAAUAUGUAUUUAAUUCGUUGUACUAUACAAAUCUCAAAUAUCAUAGAGGUUCGAAUACAUUUGAAAAAUGCACUAAGUCCAAUUAAAUGUGUCUCAUUACGACGUUUAAUAAACAUAAUUAUAUAAUUUCAAUCAAAAAA